AUGGUUCACAAUCUAGAAUACGACAUGGCUAGCUCAACAAACCCCAAUGAAUCACGACAUCCAAGCAAAUCCUUCGACCCGACAGUUGAGCGGGUACAAAGCAGCCACAUAACGCCUCCGGCAUCCUCUGAAAACUCGAGAUCUAUUGGCAUCUGUGCGACUGGCGCAGACACAGCGAUCUGUGCUACACAUUUUGGAAUCGAGCUUGAAUUUGUUCUAGCUUUCAAGGAGGAUCUCUUGAAAUCUGUCAUAUCGGAAUACGAUCUAGACGCUACUAUCAUUAAAAAGCUUACAGCCUAUGAACAUCGCUCUCUUAUCGAACACGAUGUUAACCCAAAUCCUGCCUACGAUUGUCGAUGGAGGUACCCGUCGUGGGCACUACAUGUCCCGGAGACGGACAUGGCGUGCACAUCCAAGCUCCACAAGGGCAUGUUUUUCAACAGAAUAGACAAUAGAAAGCAAUGGGUGCGACGAUAUGUUGCGGAACCCCUUCUCAUUGCUCGAAACUGCUUUGACAGACAAGGCCUACACUCCAGCGUUGUGGGAUGGCUCGAACCCGAUCCCCACUGUCGAGAUUCUCAUGAGGCCGCAAAGAUUCCUCUGACGAAACACCAUCACGCCGACGAAGGAGCUGUACUUCGAAAGAGUCUGAUCGACUACACAGAAUGGACUAUGACAAAUGAUCAUACGGUUGUUGGAGCGCUUCGAAGUCAGCUCCGAGAACACUUGCUUACUCAGGGAGUGGCGGAGGAUGAUGUUCCGAAGUGGGAUAGCUAUGGAAUAGAGUUGAUAUCGCCAGUUUUUGAACUGGCGAGACAGACGGAAGCUUUUUCACAAGUUGGAAAAUAUUUACGAGCUCUCGUCUCAAAGGAAACUUCGACUCUCGAAUCUAUCUGGGCUGGUGCGCAUGUGCACAUUGGAUUCAAUUUUUCGAAACCGGAAGAUAUACCUAUAUUGUUGCUUCAGCACUUGGCAUAUAUCCUCAUCCUCCACGAAGAUCUCCUGUCGAGAUGCCACCCUCGAAGUCGCUGUGGCAUCCGACUUUCGAAGCCGACUUCCGAAGAAGUGGAAGUCGAAGACGAAUACGCAGAUGAAGAGUUCGACCCCCACGGUCCCUACGAACCACCGCCCGAGCCAACCGACGAAGAGUUAGAGGCGGAGAACGAACGAGUGGUUCUCGCUUUCGAGGCCCAGUACACUGGAGCCGAUAAUGUCAGCUCCAACGCGCGGUUUCUAAGAAAGCAACUAUCACAGCGAGCCAUACAACCCUCAACCAAAAGGAUCAGGGACGCCAUCUUCAAUCCCGACGACAACAUCUUUGACCUGGUGGCUUUAUUACAACAUAGCGAUGCACAUGGCAAUCCACAUCGGGGAUAUAUGUACAAUUUUGCGAAUCUGGUCAAUUUAGCACGUAAUAAAACGAGUUGGAAGCAGAUCAAGCCGACAGUCGAAUUUCGGCAGCACGCGUGCACGUUGGAUGCCCCUGAGUUGAGUAGAUGGGUGACGCUUUUGGAAAGAAUUGUACGUGUGGCGGAAAAGAAUGCAUAUGGGACAACAGACCGCCAUCCUCCAAAUCCAAUCGGAGGGGACCAACGGAGCUCGUUCGCAGAAAAGGAAGGCAACAAAUAUUCUCUGAACUCGACGACAAACACCCAAUGGCCCUGCAGGAGCAUGAGUGAGUUCUGUGGGAGAUUUUUGAGCAUGAGCUCGGAGGAUGGUGAAUAUUGGCAACAGAGGUUUGAGAGAUACAAGGAUGACAGGCCGGAAGAAGUUGAUGAGAAACGAGAGAACAGCACGUAUCAUGACAUAUGA